AUGGCAAAUUGGUCCAUAAUAUUCAUAUUUGCACUAGUACUAGUCCAUGCCAAUGCAAGAAAUAUUCCUGAGGUUCAAAAUGUAAACACUAAGACUUUAAGUACUAAUUCUCCAACACCAAGCAAAAUUGGAGGACUUAAUGACAACAAAAAUUUUAUAACAUAUGGUGGCAUAGGUGGUUGUUCCGGAAUUGGUGGAGUAGGUGGGGUGUUGCCAAUACUUGGCGGUGCCGUUGGCGGCGUUGGUGGUGCCGCCGGUGGUGUUGGUGGAGUCGGUGGCGGUCUUGGUGGUGCCGGGUUCAAAGGGAUUGGCGGCGGUGUUGGCGGUGCCGGAGGUGUUGGUGGUGGUGGACUAGGUGUUGGUGGUGGAAUUGGUGGUUAUAAAGGUGUAGGAGUUAUUAUUCCUUGA